UAUGGCAAGGGAGACAACUCGUACUCGUAAACAAAGAGUGUAUUGGUUUCGAAAGCGGGUCACCCACGCUACUUAAGUGGUGGGUUAAAUGGAAUGAUGUACACAAGACCGAUAUUUAUUGAAAUCUGAGAAGAGCAAAGGCCAUAUACCUGUCGAAAUUUAGUUGUUGUAAAUCGGAACAACAGCUGACAGGAGCGAUGACGACUAUGGAUCGCGCAAUCCCCAGCUGGGUUCGGAACUGGCUGCUGGUCUCCAGCGUCAUCUGUAUCAUGGACGGCUCUUUCUGUGUGCUAAGGCCCCACUCCCUGCCCGGAGGUUGCCUCGAGAUCCUCUUCUUCCCUUAUAAAUACUACAUUGCAUGGGACAAGCAUUACGGAGAUGCAACCGAUUCCUUUGUGUGGGCUCAGGGACUCGGCAACAUCAUCGAGUCGAUCAUUAACCUGGUAGUCUACUUCAACGUCCUGAAGUCGGUGCGUGCCACAAAGCUUCUAGCCAUCAUCGUCAGCGUCAUGGUGGUCUGGAAGACUGUCAUUUUCGACCUCUACUCGUUUGACGUGGGGACAGGCGGUCACACGUUCGACUUCAUGUCGGAGUUUAUGGUGUUUGUGCCCUCCCUCAUCUGGAUCCUCGUGCCAGGCUACGUUGCCUUUGCGCUGUGUGAGGACUUCCUUCCGCCCAGACAGCAGAAGACCCCGAAUCGGAAAGCGGCAAACAACAGCAGCACGGCGAACGGCGAGGAUACGCCGAAAAGCCGAUAUGCCUUACGAGAAAAAAGAAACUAAGAAUUUUAGACAUAUUUUUCAAGCAUGGUGAUCUCUUUGAAACUGUAAACUGUCGAAAUUAUUCAUGCAUGUACCAUCAUCACCAUAGCCUUUUUUAUGAUCUAUGGACAUUUUUUUUAUUUCUAAAUAUUGUCAUAACAUGCAUGAUAUAAGUGUACAUUUGUUAGCUCAGCUACUGGUUAUAUGUGUGUGAGAGUUUGAUUACAUUUACAUUAAACAGUGUUUUUUUCUUCGACAUUUAUAGCUAGCAAUUAAAUGAUCUUUACAGAUCAUUAACAAUACAAAUGUACUUUUUAAAUGUAUUUUUUACUUUGAUACGUUGUGUUUGUACUUCGUAUAGGUCUUAAUAAAGCUUUCUUUUUGUA